CCUGGCCAAAGCGACAUGACCGUCCUCUGCCCGGCCGUCUGGCUGCUGGUGGUCCUGGCCGGGGGCUGGGGGCGCGUCCAGGCGGCCCAGCUCCGGCAGUUCUAUGUGGCCGCCCAGUCCAUCAGCUGGACCUACCUGCCCGAGCCCCCGGAGCCCAGUUUGAAUCCUGUUGCCACUUCCUUUAAGAAGACCGUUUUCAGAGAAUAUGAAGCAUAUUUUAGGAAAGAGAAACCACGAUCUAAGACUUCAGGGCUCCUGGGACCGACGCUGUUUGCUGAGGUUGGGGACACCGUGAAAGUACACUUCAAGAACAAAGCCGACACGCCCGUCAGCAUUCACCCUCAAGGAAUUCAGUACAGCAAAUUCUCAGAAGGGGCGUCCUACCGAGACCACACGUCCCUGGCAGAGAAGCUGGACGACGCCGUGGCUCCUGGCCAGGAGUACACCUACGAGUGGACAAUCCAUGAGGACAGCGGGCCCACGGCUGAUGACCCCCCCUGCCUCACCCACAUCUAUUACUCCCACGUCAACCUCAUUCGGGACUUCAACUCGGGGCUCAUCGGACCGCUGCUGAUCUGUAAGAAAGGAGCCCUGGCCGAGGACGGCACCCAGAAGAUGUUUGACAACCAGCACGUGCUGAUGUUUGCCGUGUUUGAUGAGAGCAAAAGCUGGACGCCUUCGCCCGCUCUCAUGUACACGGUCAAUGGCUACGUGAACGGCACCAUGCCAGAUGUAACAGCGUGCGCCCACGACCACCUCAGCUGGCAUCUGAUCGGGAUGAGCUCGGAGCCGGAGCUGUUCUCCAUCCACUUCAACGGCCAGGUCCUGGAGCAGAGCCGCCGUCGAAUCUCCGCCGUCACCUUGGUCAGCGCCACCGCCUUGACCGCCAACAUGACCACGAGCCCGGAAGGAAGAUGGGACAUUUUGUCCCUCGUCCCCAAACACUUCCAAGCCGGAAUGCAGGCGCAUAUUGACAUUAAAAACUGCACCAAGAAGACCAGGAAGUUGAAAACCCUCUCUCGGGAGCAGAGGCGACACAUCAAGCGGUGGGAGUAUUUCAUUGCGGCAGAAGAAAUUAUUUGGGACUAUGCACCCGUCAUUCUCACCAGUAUGGACAAAAAAUAUAGAUCUCUUCACUUGGAUAAUUUCUCAAACCAAAUUGGAAAACAUUAUAAGAAGGUUGUGUACAGACAAUAUCAAGAUGCCUCCUUCACCAAACGACUGGAGAACCCCAAUGCCCAAGAAGAUGGAAUCUUGGGGCCUGUUAUCAGAGCUCAGGUCCGAGAUACGCUCAAAAUCGUGUUCAAAAACAUGGCCAGCCGACCCUAUAAUAUUUACCCUCACGGAGUGACCUUCUCGCCUUAUGAAGAUGAGGUCAACGCUUCUUCUACGUCAGGUCAGAACUCCGUCACGAGACCAGUUCAGCCAGGAGAAACGCUUACUUACAAGUGGAACAUCCUCGAGAGUGACGAACCCACGGAAAACGAUGCCCAGUGCUUGACCAGGCCAUACCAUAGUAACGUGGAUUUCACCCGGGAUAUCGCCUCUGGCCUCAUCGGGAUUCUGCUAAUUUGUAAGAGCAGGUCGCUGGACAAACGCGGCGUCCAGAGGACAGCGGACAUUGAACAGCUGGCUGUGUUUGCCGUGUUCGAUGAAAACAAGAGUUGGUACAUUGAGGACAACAUCAACAAGUUUUGUGAAAAUCCUGACGAGGUGGAUCGUGCUGACCCCAAAUUUUAUGAGUCCAACAUCAUGAGCACAAUCAACGGCUACGUGCCCGAGAGCAUACCCACUUUAGGAUUUUGUUUUGAUGACACCGUCCAGUGGCAUUUCUGCAGCGUGGGAACCCAGGACGACGUUCUGACCAUUCACUUCACCGGCCACUCCUUCAUCUAUGGGAAGAGACACGAGGACACCCUCACCCUCUUCCCCAUGAGGGGUGAAUCAGUGACUGUCACCAUGGAUAACGUGGGAACAUGGAUGUUAACGACCAUGAAUUCCCAUCGAAGAACCAAGAACCUAAGACUACGCUUCAGAGAUGUCAAGUGUAUCCGGGACGAUGACGAAGACUCGUAUGAGAUUAUCUACGAACUGGUUCCGGCCCCGACGUCCAUGUCAACGCGGAAAAUGCACGACUUUCCAGAAAACCCUGAGGAAAACGAUGACUAUUACCAGGACUUCCUGGCUUCAGAACUGGGAAUCAGGUCAUUCCGAAAUGCGUCGCUCUCCCAGGAGGAAGAGGAGUUCAACCUGACCGCCCUUGUUCUGGAGGACUAUCAUGACUCCACUUCUCUCUGGAUCCAGACAAGCGAUGCCUCUGAAGCAUCUUCUCUGAGUAACAGCAGCAAGUCCACGGCCAAUCACGAACCCCAGGAGAGCCCUACUUUCCCAGAAGGCACUGCGGCUGGUCCCCGUUCUGAAGGCGUUGGCUUAGACGAGGCCCACCCGUCUGCAAAGGAGCAGUCCAGCCCUUAUUCUGAAGACCCUGUAGAGGACCCUUCACAGUCAGAAGUUACCGACAUACUCUUGCUCCCCCAUCCAGAAGGUCCAAGAGGAUUUAGACACCAAGGGCGCAGGAAACCCCAAAGCUUCAAGACAGGGAGAGAAGGGGGACCUUCGAAAAACCGGUCUUCCAAGAUGGGUUUAACAGCAAAUCCCAAUGGAAAACAGUCAAGCCAAGACAGCGCUUCUCCCGUGCAGUCCGAGAAGGAAGUCCACAGCAAACCAUUAGUCUUCAAACUCAAGAAUUCAUCGGAGAUUUUGAACAAAACGUGGCGGUUGGCGUCUGAGGAAGCCAGCUAUGAAGUCAUCCAAAAUGCAGAAGAAGACACGCCUGGUCGUAAGCUCGGGCACCCCGAGACUGGCUCAAGGACCUGGGGAGAAAACGCCCGCCUCACCAACCAGCACCGAGAGCAGAGAGACCACCUAGAAUUUUCUGGAACGAAACACAGACCGCUCCAUGCUGGACAGGACGGGAGACACGGUGGGUUGAGGAAGAGCUCGCUUUUCGUAAGGACACGGAAGAAGAAAAGGGAACAGAAGUUUCCUCACCAUGCUCCUCUCUCUCCUAGAGGCUUCCCUCCUCACAGAAGAAGUCCCAGCACAACAGACAGGACACCGGUUCCUUCCCCAUUGGCCCACACACUCAAUAGAACCUCUCUCCUCACAGAACUCAAUCAGACCUUACCCGUGAUUCUUGACCCGAGAAUUACACAUUCACUUCUUGACAAGAGUCAACAGUCACCACAUGACACCAGUCAGAUGAGCUCCCCUCCAAAUAUCUCCUCAGCGGUGACCCCAGAGGAACAGAUUCAAUCAUCCCCAAUUCAAGAUCAACCAGUCUCCACCUCAGACCCUACUCACAGAGCUUCUUCAGGGUUCAACCGGUUGCCCAAAAAUGAGUCCUUUUCUACUCACUUUGAUAAAAGAUUGUCUGCCUUGAAGCCUGAAGUCAGGCCAGCAGCCUUCUCUCCAAAUGUCAGUCAGUCAUCCCUCUUAGGCCUCCGUAAGACCACCCUUUCGCCAGAUUUCGAUGAAACCACCUUCUCCGAAGACCUUGGUGAGAACACUUUUCCCCCAGACCUUGGUGAGACCACUUUGUCCCCAGACCUCAGUGAGACCACCCUUUCCUCAGACCUCAAUGAGACCACCUUUUUCUCAGACCUUGAUGAGACCACCUUUUCCUCAGACCUCAGUGAAACCACAAUUUCCUCAGACCUCAGUGAGACCACCCUUUCCUCAGACUUUAGUGAGACCACUCUUUCCUCAGACCUCAGUGAGACCACCCUUUUCUCAGACUUCAUUGAGACCACCUUUUCCCCAGACCUCAGUGAGACCACCUUUUCCUCAAACCUUGAUGAGACCACCCUCUCCUCAGACUUUGAUGAGACCUCCCUCUCCUCAGACCUUGAGAACACCCUUCCCGUAGACCUUGAUGAGACCACCCUUUCCUCAGACUUCGAUGAGACCACUCUCUCCCCAGAACUGACCCUGGAAAAAUUUUCCUCAAACUUCAGAGAGGUAACCCUUUCCCCAGACCUCUCCCGGGACACCAUUUCCUCAGACCUCAGUGAGGUAACCCUUUCCCCAGACCUCUUCUGGGAGAAGACUUCCUUCGAUCUCUAUGAGGAGACAUUUCCCCAAGACCUGGGUGGGUUGAUGUUCCCCCCAGACCUUGACUGGAACACUCCUUCCUCGGACUUCAGUGAGACAACACAUACUCCUAUAGGCAACACAUGGUCUCCUACCGAGACAGUGACAUCUGGCCUGACCCAGUCCCCGCCUCUUCCAGAACGUGGUCGGAUGUUGCCCACUCCUGACCGCGACCAGAAGCCAUCUCCAGGGUUGAGUGACCUUGGACUGAGAGACUUGAACCCACCAGUGAUCGUGGGCCUCAGGAAAGAUGACGGAGAUUAUGUCGAGUAUGUUCCCAGGAGGAAGGUGGUGACCAGUGAAGAGGAAGUUGUGGAAAUGGAUUACGUGACCUACGAUGACCCUUACCAAACUGACAUGCGGACCGACAUCAAUUCCUCCAGGAACCCGGAACACAUUGCCGCCUUUUAUCUCCGGAGCAACACCGGAAACAGGAAGUACUAUUACAUUGCGGCUGAAGAGAUAGUCUGGGAUUAUGCCAAAUUCGCACAAAGUGAAAUGGAGAAUGAAGACACAGCUGACAUGCCAGAAAACACAGUAUACAAGAAGGUGGUUUUCACGAAGUACCUGGAUAACUCAUUUACCAAGCGAGACCCCCGGGGCGAGUAUGAAGAGCACCUGGGCAUUCUCGGUCCCGUCAUCAGGGCCGAAGUGGGUGACGUGAUCCAGGUGCGCUUUAAGAACCUCGCCUCCAGACCCUUUUCUCUGCACGUCCACGGGCUCUCCUACGAAAAGUCGUCCGAGGGCAAGACGUACGAAGAUGACUCCCCCGAGUGGUUCCGUGAGGACAACGCCGUGCCACCCAAUAGUAGCUACACAUAUGUGUGGCAUGCCACCGACCGCUCGGGCCCCGAGACUCCGGGCUCCGCAUGCCGCGCCUGGGCCUAUUACUCGGCCGUGAACACGGAGAAGGACAUCCACUCCGGCCUCAUCGGCCCGCUCCUCAUCUGCCGCCCGGGGACGCUGAACAAGGAGACCAACCUGCCCCUGGACAGGCGCGAGUUCGUGCUGCUCUUCACGGUCUUCGACGAGAGGAAGAGCUGGUACCACGAGAACAGGCCGCAGAGGCCCUGGGACCCCCCGGCCACCGAGGAAAGCCCCGCCCAGGAGUUCCACACCAUCAACGGGCUCAUCUACAAGGUGCCCGGCCUGCGGAUGUACGAGCAGGAGUGGGUGCGGCUGCAGCUGCUAAACGCGGGCAGCUCGCGAGACAUCCACGUGGUGCAUUUCCACGGCCAGACCCUGCUGGAGAACGGCACGCAGCAACACCAGCUGGGCACCUGGCCCCUGCUGCCCGGCUCCUUUAAAACUCUUGAAAUGAAGGCAUCGAAGCCCGGCUGGUGGCUUCUCGACACGCAGGUUGGACAGAACCAGAGGGCCGGCAUGCAGACACCCUUCCUCAUCAUAGACAAAGAAUGCAGGAUGCCGAUGGGACUCAGCACGGGCAUCAUAACUGACUUGCAGGUCACGGCUUCUCAGCACCAGAAUUAUUGGGAGCCUAAACUAGCAAGACUGAACAACGGCGGAUCCUAUAACGCUUGGAUCGCAGACAAGCCUCUGGAAGAAUUCGCCCUGAAACCUUGGAUCCAGGUGGACAUGCAGAGGGACGUCGUGAUCACGGGGAUCGAGACCCAAGGCGCAAAGCACUACCUAAAACCGUACUACACCACCGAGUUCCAGAUGGCUUACAGCUCCGACCGCUCCAACUGGAGGAUCUUCAAAGGAAGCAGCCCAAAGAGCAAGAUGCAUUUUUCUGGCAAUUCGGACGCUUCGACAAUCAAAGAGAAUCGGCUGGACCCCCCGGUGGUGGCGAGAUACGUGCGGAUCUCGCCGACCCGCUUCUACGGCAGGCCGGCCCUGCGCCUGGAACUGCAGGGGUGUGAGGUGAAUGGCUGCUCCACGCCGCUGGGGAUGGAGACUGGGCACAUCAAGGACGAGCAGAUCACAGCUUCGUCCUUCAAGAAGUCCUGGUGGGGGGAUUACUGGAAGCCCGCCCGGGCCCGUCUCAAUGCGCAGGGCCGCGUGAACGCCUGGCAACCCAAGGCCAACAACCACAAACAGUGGCUGCAGAUUGACCUGCUUAAAGUCAAGAAGAUCACGGCCAUCGUCACCCAGGGGUGCACUUCGCUGUCCUCGGAGAUGUACGUCAGAAGCUACACCAUCCAAUACAGCGACCAGGGAGUGAAGUGGAAGCCGUACCGGCAAAAGUCCUCCAUGGUGGACAAGAUUUUCGAAGGGAACAGCAACACGAAAGGCCACGUGAGGAACUUUUUCAACCCGCCCAUCAUCUCAAGGUUCAUCCGCAUCAUCCCCAAGUUGUGGAAUCAGAGCAUCGCGCUCCGCCUGGAAAUUUUCGGCUGUGACAUUGACUAGAGUAGAAUCCCCUGGGCGUGGGCGAUGCCUUUUAUAGCUCUUUUCAGCAGUGCUCACGUCCCCCUGUCCCCUUAUUUCCUGCUAGCAAAUAUCGAGUUUAUAUACAGAACCUUUAUCGUGUGACCCUGGGGCACCUUAAGGGACCCAAUGACUCACUAUUCAGUCUGCAUAAAACUGAAGGCUGGAGCAAUAGCACAGCGGGGAGGGCGUUUGCCUUGCACGCGGCCAACACGGGUUCGAUUCCCAGCAUCCCAUAUGGUCCCCUGAGCAUCACCAGGGGUAACUCCUGAGUGCAGAGCCAGGAGGAACCCCUGUGCAUAGCCAGGUGUGACCCAAAAAAGAAAAAUAAAAAAAUUUAAAAAAAAAACUGAAGACAGGUCGAACGGAUCAAGAACCUACAAGAAACUGGUUCAUCUCCUGCUGUGAUUAAAAGUACGUUCUACUCAUCAAAGUGUCCACACGGUCUCAUUACUGUUCUUUGGCGACUUGCUUCAAGGGAUUCGGCUACGUCUUUGUUUUGCUUUAAAAGAACUAUGAUUUGGGGCCAGAGUGAUGGCCCAGCGAGGAGGGCAUUUGCCUUGCACACGGCUGACCCCGGUUCAAUCCCCGGCAUCCCAUAGGGUCCCCUGAGCACUGCCAGGAGUGAUUCCUGAGUGCAGAGCCAAGAGUCAGCCCCGAGCAUUUCUGGGUGUGGCCCCAAACUAAAAACAAACAAACAAACAAAAACCUAUGAUUUAAGAGCAAAGGAGACCAAAUUUCCCCUUUCUUUUUUCUUGAGAGCAAACAGAAGAGCCCAGUGCGAAGGAAAACCCUGUGUGUGGAAUACCCAUUUGGGGGGCUUGGGGGCCCACCCAGCAGUACCCAGGGCUGACUCCGGGCUCUGUGCCCAAGGAUCACUCCUGGCAGGGCUUGAGGCAUCCUAUGCGAUGCCAGGGAUCGAACCAACGAUAGCAAUGUGCACAGUAAGCACCUAACCCUCUGUCCUGUCUCUCCAAG